UCUUCCAGCACUCAGGCAGCAGUCAGGGAGCACAGCAGAGCAGAGCAGCUAGCUAGACACCCAGUGAUCCCAACUGAUCAUCCUCAGACGAACAGAGAGCGCCAUGGUGAAGAUUCCGAGCCCGAGGAGGCUGUUCAGGAGCCGGUCCAAGAGCACCGUUGGCAGCGUGGACAUGUGCGCGAUGGUGGCGGCGGAGCACGAGAAGAUCGAGUGGGAGGUGCGGCCGGGCGGGAUGCUGGUGCAGAAGCGGCGGUCCCCGGACGACGACCUGGACGCCGCGGAGGCCAUCCUCGUGAAGGUCUCCACCAGCGGCGGCGGCGGGUGGCAGCACGACGUGUCCAUCGACGCCACCGCCACCUUCGGCGACCUCAAGGUCAUGCUGUCGCUGGCCACGGGGCUCUGGCCCAGGGAGCAGCGGCUGCUGUACCGGGGCAGGGAGAGGGACGACGGCGACCACCUGCACAUGGCCGGCGUGCAGGACGGGGACAAGGUGCUCCUGCUGGAAGACCCUGCCGUUACCGAGCGGAAGCUCCGCUCCACCACCCUCGCGCAGCUCAUGGGCGUGCCCUGCCAUUCCUUCAUCCAAGUCUAGCUAGCCAGAGGCUUGUCUGGGCGAAGAGGUUUCGGCUGCGUUCAACUGUAAACUGUUAGCUGCAUUUUUUCAGAGUUUCUUUUAGUUUGAGGGCUUGGAUUCGGCCGGUCGAAUCAUCGGAAUGUGAAUCGUUUAGGAUACGACAAUACUCCAAUACAAUACAUGUUGUAAAUUAAUUAUUAUUGUAAGGAUAUAAUGACAGUGGCGAUGUUGUGCAUAAA